UUGUAAAAAAAAAAAGAAAAAAAAAGGUCAUUACUUCAUGGAUUUCGCCUAUCACAGAUUCUUUUUGGAACGUAACCCCCGCGAUAAACGAGGGUUCACUUACAUAUUCCGAGAAACUGAAUUUCGGGGUUUUGUCAGCUUUGAUCGUUAAUAAUCAAAAUACAAACAUUUUUUAAAACAUCUUCACAAUAUGAGUUGUAUUAAACUAAUUAAAUAACAUUUUUUAAAUCAAAUUUAUUAAAACUCAAAUAGUAAAUUUUGCUCUUUUAGAGUGUUUUCCACGAAAUGUUCACGUUUCAAGCUGUGUAACUGUGUGCCGGUACUAAGAUGUGUACACAGUGAGCAAUGUGACGAAAAACAAAGCGAUGAGGGGAAAAAAAAAAAAGAAAAACUGCUUUGGUUUCCUGAAGCUUUGUACAGUAGGUGACGUCAUGCUUCGUAUUUCCCCAAAAUCGUCCCCUCAAAGUUAUAGAGACGUUGUGUCUCCUGGCAGAAAGUGAAACGCAUUCAGCAGCAUCGUAGAGAGACAGAAGGAGUUUUGGACCGACUAUGAAGCUCUCUCCUGCUCUUCCAGUCCUGUGGUACAGUUUUCUCCUGCUGCUGCGAGUCUCACAGAGUGAGUACGAGGACUAUGAUCUAAACGUCGAUACCCGUUCUACUAACGUGACGGAGUGCGAAGAAAUAGACGAAGAGACGGAGGAGGCGUCUGUCGUCUGUACGGUGUCCCGAGCGAACAAGCUCAACUGUUCCUGGUCGGUCCACGCUCUGGAGACGGGCGCUCAGCUGUCUGUUUCUGUCAGGUUGUUUGAGAAUGAGCGCUUGGUCGAUUCUCGGAACCAAAGCUCAGCGAACGGCGUUGGCUUCAUAUCCUGGACAAUCGAUGGCGGCCAGGAAAAGUCUGUAGUCGUCGAUUUUGACGUGAUCCUGCGUGGCGCCAGGACGUGUUACACCGCCGUGUUCGAAGAGGAUAUAUUGAAUAUCCUGAAUCCUCCGGCAAACCUUAAUGCAUCGAUCCAGGAUGGGAACCUUCAUGUAAACUGGGAUGUGCCAACCAGUAAAUUUUUUCCACAUUGUUUUGAUUACCAGCUGGACAUCGGCGACCAGGAAAAACCGAGAAUCUUUUCAGCUAAGCUGCAAUACGUAGUGCCAAACGCUGCCGCUCCAACCUACAGGGUGAGGAUGAGGGCGAAGGUAUCGCCCACCUGCUACGGGUGCCCCCACUGGAGCGAGUGGAGCCCCACAGUCACGAUGGAGCGGCCAACGUACAGACUCGAUCCUCUCGUAAUCGCCUUGAUUUCGCUCGGAAUCCCCAUGAUCCUCCUGGCCGUGCUGUUGAUAUUGCGCCAUCAGAGGCUGGUCAAAGUUCUGUUUCCUCCGAUUCCUCGUCCCCCCGCCAAGUACAAACAUUUCCUGGAAAAGACCGAUCCGCUCAACUUCUUCCAUCCUGUUCCAACAACUAAGCCCGAGGAAGAAAUCACUGAGGUGGAGGACGCAGAGCAACCGCCUGCAACAGCCCAUUAAAGCAGUUCAGGGAGAAGGCGUGUUUUGACUGCCAGUCAUUCUGUAUCAUACUUAUACUGACGAGCCAGCACACGUAUGUAGAGGGCACAUAAUGCCGCAGAUAUAUAACAGCUUGUGUAGAAAUUGUAUUUAAAUGCAUUCAUAAUCCUCUUCUGUGGCGCCUGGUCUAAAAUCACGUCAAUAAUUCAUAUUUGUAAUUGAAUCUGAAAAACGAUAUGCAAGAUUGUGAAUUUUGGAGCGAAAAAUAGUUAUUUACAGACUGGAAUUGUGAAAUGUCUUGCUACAGGUUUAGAAUUUAAGACUUUUUAAGACCACUAUGAAUGAAAUUUAGGACCUGCAUCAACAGAGAAAUGUACAAAAGGAGACUGAAUAUUUGAUAUAAUAGUGCUAAGUGUCAACACAGAGGCCACAGGUGUACAAGCAAUUUGUAAAACAUGGUGGAGGAUCUUUUGUAGUUCAGUGGAAGUUUUACUUCUUUUAAUGAGAAGCCAACAGAGAAGGGCUGCAAUGGAGAAAUAAACUGGAACUGACCUGACCUAAAUACUGACCUGGAAUUGUACAAACUCUGUUACAUAUCAGAUAUUGCUUGUUUGCACAUGUUUUGUCGUUCGAUUUUCUCAGUCGUACCUGCAGAAUCUGAAGAGAGGGGGGUGGUUUAAGAUGUUUGCACAUGUACUAAGCUGAGAUUAUUCCAGCGUUUAUUCCGAUGUUCUGCAAAACUUGGACUCUUUAUGUUUAAUAAAAUUGAGUUCUUGAGUAUUCCAUUCGA